AUGAACAAUCGCUUAAUUAUUAUUGCAACAUGCACCCUAGCAUUGAUUGGACUGUUAUUAUAUGUUAAAGAUUCAUAUUAUAGUACUCAAAUAUUUCAAAAUCUUUGUCAAACUCCUGAUAUAACUUCAGACGGUGUAAAUUAUCGUAAAGAUCAAAUUUCAGACGAACAUUCAUUUUUACGCGUAAGUCAACAAUAUAGAACAGACAAAGUUACUACUCAUCAUUAUGAAGUACUUUAUGAGAAAUAUAUAAGAAAAUAUGUAGGAUCUAAUUUACAUAUACUCGAAAUUGGACUUGGAUGUGGAAUGGAUUAUGGAGCUGGAGCAUCAGCACAUGUAUGGCGUCAAUAUCUCGGACCACAAGCAAAUAUUUAUUUUCUUGAAUUCAAUCGUGCCUGUGGUGAAGCUUGGCAUAAAGCUCACAACCCGAAGUUGAAUAUCACAAUGUUCUAUGGCAGUCAAGAUGAUGUAGCAGUUUUAAAUAAUAUAACAUCAACAAAAGGUAAAUUUGAUGUUAUUGUUGAUGAUGGUGGUCAUACAAUGAAUCAACAAAUUACUUCGUUUAAUCAUCUACUACCAAAAGUUCAAUCCGGUGGUAUUUAUGUUAUAGAAGAUUUACUUACUAGUUAUAUAGACGU